GUGCUUGCCCGAAAUUCUAGGUAACCCAACCACCAAAGAUGGCGAGAAAAAGUCGGUGCGACAAUAAACACUAGCCAGUUAUUGGAUCCGGAACUCAAACCAGACGCAAACAUGUCGAAAAUGAGGGGUCGCAUUUUGAUUCCACUGCCCAAUACCGGAGCGAUGGGACGCAAGCGCAACAACUUCUAUAUGCGCAGCAUAUUCCUGCUGGCCCUUUGUAUUUUUGGGCUUCUCCAGUACCACAACUUCAACUACUUGGACUCACGGGACAAUGCGCUGGGGGAGGCGGUCACCAACGACUCUGAUGAUGCCAUCCUGGCCAUGGUGCCAGCGCCUCUUCACAAAUAUCUGACGCCACAUACCCGGAAUCAUACCACUUCGGGUGCCGGAGUUGUCUCUGGAGCGGCUUUGCUCCUGAAUUCAAGUAGUUCGGGAGCAGCAACUGCCACCACAAUCAGCUUCGAUGUCUACCAUCCGCCAAAUAUCACGGAAAUCAAACGCCAGAUAAUGCGGUACAACGACAUGCAGUCGGUGCUCAACGAGGAUACCUUUGGCCCUCUACAGAACGACUCUGUGAUAAUUGUAGUCCAGGUUCAUACAAGGAUUACCUAUCUGCGCCACUUGAUCGUGAGCUUGGCGCAGGCCAAGGAUAUCUCCAAGGUCUUGUUGGUUUUUUCGCAUGACUACUAUGACGAUGACAUCAACGACCUGGUGCAACAGAUCGAUUUCUGCAAGGUAAUGCAGAUAUUUUAUCCAUACUCCAUUCAGACACAUCCGAAUGAGUAUCCUGGCGUGGAUCCCAACGACUGUCCCAGGAAUAUAAAGAAAGAACAAGCCCUCAUGGCUAAUUGUAAUAAUGCCAUGUUCCCCGAUCUUUAUGGCCAUUAUCGGGAGGCAAAGUUUACGCAAACGAAGCAUCACUGGAUUUGGAAGGCCAAUAGGGUAUUCAAUGAACUAGAAGUAACUCGUUACCAUACAGGCUUGGUCUUGUUCCUAGAAGAGGAUCACUAUGUGGCCGAAGACUUCCUUUAUCUGCUGGCCAUGAUGCAGCAACGAACCAAAGACUUGUGCCCCCAGUGCAACGUGCUCUCCCUGGGGACCUAUCUCAAGACAUUCAACUACUACACCUACCACAGCAAGACUAACAAGAAAUCCUAUGCUUCCUCGCUGGUCUCGACAAACAGUUUAUUAGGAUACAAUAGGAAUAACAAUAGAAACUCUGUGCAAUUAGCCGUGUCGUCCUCCUAUUCUUCCUCAUCAUCUGCGCUAUCAUCAACGUCAUCUCUUAGAAAUGCCAAAGUCUAUGUGGGCGACACCGGUGACUCCAACAAGAACAGCAAUCAUGCUGCUCUCAAUAGCAAGCGGGGCAACCUCAUCAACACUGUCACCGCCACCGCCACAGCCACAGCCUCAGCCUCAGCCACAGCCGCCACAUCCUCCGACACCUCCAACAAUGAGCAAAGUAGCCAUAGCAGCAACAAAAAUAACGGUGCACAAACAUGGAACUAUCAUGUCCUGCCGUCAUUGUAUUCCGUCUAUCAGAAGGUGGAGGUCAUGCCGUGGGUCAGUAGCAAGCACAACAUGGGUUUCGCCUUCAACCGCACCACCUGGACGAAUAUCCGGAAGUGCGCCCGGCACUUUUGCACGUACGAUGACUACAACUGGGAUUGGUCCUUGCAGCACGUUUCCCAACAGUGCUUGCAGCGGAAGCUCCAUGCGAUGAUAGUCAAAGGACCGCGGGUUUUUCAUAUUGGAGAAUGUGGCGUUCACCACAAGAACAAGAACUGCGAGUCUAACCUGGUGAUCUCGAAAGUGCAGCAUGUCCUGCGAAUAGCUCGCAACUCGCACCAGCUCUUCCCGCGAUCUUUAACUCUGACGGUGCCUAGUUUAAUCAAAAAGUCGAAGCUACGGAAGGGAAACGGGGGAUGGGGAGAUCUGCGGGAUCACGAGCUGUGCCUAAACAUGACUCUGUCUACUAGGUAAAGGUCCUGAGCACCAGGAGCUAAGCCCAGAAAGCAGAAGAAGCGGAAACGAACCAUAGUCAGUAGCCAGGAAGUCUAGAUCCUAACGUUAUUUAAGUAGGGUUAUUAUAAACAUAGUAAGCAAGUACUCCGUAUCAGCUAACUAAUCGAAACGAAAUUAAUCAAAGCCGGAAGCCCAAAGAUCCUUCGCCUAUUGGGCGCUGCACAACUCCUACCAUAAGUGAGAUAAUCCUCUAGUCACUGGCCAUAUGCCCAUUUAUAUGCAUAUACAUUACAUGAAUCUGCAGUGUUGUAAUCCU